GGAGCGGGGAGCGGCGGGAGCUGCUCUCCCGGAGGCGGCAGCGGAGGCGAGGGGACGGCAGCGCUGCGGGCUGGGUGCGGAGCCCCUUCCCUCUGCCCGGGGAACCAGCAGCAGCGGCAGGGAGCAAAAUGAUGGUCCAACACUCAGGCCAGGUAUCUGCAUUAGAAGUCAGCGCCUCCGCAAUUGUUCCCACUUUGUCCCCUGCAGGGUCACUGGGGUUUGAUGAUUUCACAAAUUUAACCCCACUGGUGAAAGAGGAACUGAGGUUCGCCAUUCAGAAUAAGCGUCAGUACCACAGGAUGUCUUCUACAUUGGACACGGUGACAGUUUCUGAAAGGCCAAUUGAAACAUCAAUCAUGAAAACAGAGUUUUCUCCUGAAGAGGAUGAAAGAAAAAAGCGAAGAAGGGAAAGGAACAAAAUUGCUGCUGCAAAGUGCCGAAACAAAAAGAAGGAAAAAACAGAAUGCUUGCAGAAAGAAUCAGAAAAGCUGGAAACUAUCAAUGCAGAAUUAAAAGCCCAGAUUGAAGAGCUAAAGAAUGAGAAGCAGCAUUUGAUAUACAUGCUAAAUCUUCACAGGCCCACUUGUAUAGUUCGGGCACAAAACGGAAGGACACCUGAAGAUGAAAGGAAUCUUUUUAUUCAACAGAUCAAAGAAGGCACAUUACAAGGUUAAGUGAUAUGGCAAACACGGAAAUAUUUACAGUGUUUUUAACAACUACCAGAAUCCAUGGAGGAUGUGACAUAAUGUGUAGGAUUCUAUUAGUCAAGAGCCUUUAGGAAGGGCAGAUUGCUUUCUUAAGCAGCAAGAAUCAUUUUGGCUUGACAGUGAUUCUUCCUCUUGGAAGAUCUGGUCUCAAUCAAAUUGAAGAGUCUUCUGCCUCAAAUAUAGGUUUUGCACCUGUCAUACUUGCUGUUCCUAGGAGCUACAGACAACAGCUUCAGAAGUUUUAGCUCUCUGCUAGUAUACAGUAUCUGCACUCACGACGUUUGUGCUAGAACACUAUGACUUCCGAUGAUGCACAUGGUACAGACAGCUGUGCGGGAUGGACACUACUUCUCCUUGUUGCUGGUAGGGAAAGCAAACUGAGAGUAUUUUUAAGGUUUCAAAGUUUCCAGGAGGAUGGUUUCUGGCAGAAUGUACUGAUAUGUAAUGUUGCAUUCUCACGUAACACAUACACAAAAACAGACAAAAAGCCUUUAGUUCCAACUAAGCUUUGUCAUUUUUUUCACAACACUUGUGUGGGUUUUUUCUAUGACUCAUCUCAGACUGAAUUUGAAGAGCCUAGUAAGUGUGACAAAUAAAUGUUUCUUGCAAAAUGUCCAUAUAGCUAAGAUUGUAUUUUAUGAGCUGGAACCCCACUACUAUCCUUUGGGGACUACAAUUUCUCCUUGAAUUGCUGAAGAGCAGCUUGUACCACCUCUUGAUGACUUGGUGAAAUGGACCCACUGGAAAGAAGGAAACUAACUGUGGAGGGACAUAGAUACAGGUUUUGGCCAAGUAAAGUACUGCAGGACUGAAUCCCGGGCUCAUGAAUCAUGAAAAGUUAAAAAAAAAAAAAAAUCUGGGAUCUAAUCCUACAGGCCUUAAUUCAUGCUAUUAACCCUCAUUCACAGAAGAGGUUCCACAGGCUUCAGUGGGUCUGCUUAAGCAGAUAGCUCUUGACAGUUUUUUCCAUCCUGGUCAGGAUUACUUCCUUUUUCCAGGUGAUUAAGAGGGAAAAAUUAUGACUGCAGCUACUUUUAUUUUACAUUUGAGUGGCAACUACAGUCAAUCAAAAGUGUUACUUAGAAGCUAAAGGAGGCAAGGGUUUUGAUGUAGUGGAUAAGUGUUUUUAUUUUUUUAUUAAAUACUAACCUUAGAUGUUUUUGAACUGGUUGAAGAGCUGCUGGACAAAACAGUUGAAGCUACAAGUGUUUAAAUUCUGAUGUUUCUGUGAAAUUCUCAGAUUGUUUAAUCCUAUAAAAUAUAUCCUUACAAUUUUUUGUAAAAGAAAAUAUUAUCCUUAUUUAUCACUAAUAUCAUAAUGAGUAGAGUUAAUAAAUACUGUGAGCAAGACAAAACUGAAAACACAAGUGUUGUGCUGUCUUUUUGCUUUUAUCUCUUGGUGUUUAAUAUUACAUAUUCUUAAACUUCACCAGUUGUAUUUGAGACACCACUAUUGAUAACACUUAUCUUUCUCUUCCACAAAUGAGGCAUUGAGUAUCUUGAACAAUUGGGUGCAGAUGUACCUUCCAGAAUUCUGUACCUCCAUCAGUGGUGUCUCUGUUCAGUGUCACAAUUUAAACGAAGCAGACUGUAAGAAUGGAGCUUACAGUACAUAAUAUUUUACACCAGUUACAGAGUGUUGAAAUUGUGUUUUUGUUCUAAAGGCUAAACUUAAAGAUACCUCAGCCAUAAUCCUCAGCUUACCCUGCAAGUCCUGGAUGAGUCUAUCAGAUAUUGUACCUGAUCCUUAUACGAUCAUUAUAUUCUGCAACAGAACUUCUUAGUACAUUUUCCUAAGAUCUGGAUAUAUUGUAAUGUCCUAUAUCAUGUUCUAAAGAUAUGUACUUCAUGUAUCUGAAAAGUGAAUGUAUUACAAAGAUGACAUACUAGGUCCAAUUCUGUCCUGAGAAUCCAUUAUCUUUCUGUGUGUUGGAAGAAGCUUCCAUUGACUUCAGUGAGAGUAUUAUUCAUGUCCUGUAGGCAGAAUUUGGAGCCUCUGCUGCAACUUCUCUGGCUUAAAGGGCAAGUUCCACGGGGCAUUGGGCCAGCUAUUUAUCAGACAACAGAUAUACAUGAAGUGUAUUACAAUAAACUUGUCAAACAAUGUUCAUUGGUAUUUGACUUCUGUAAAGUGGAAAUACAAAACCAAGGCAUCAUCCCAGUACCGUACACCUUGGCUUUGCCUUUUGCGCAUCGAAUACCAGCAGACAAAGCUGUUUGCCUCCUAUACUGUUAUAAAGUGUUACCACAGAGACUAGAAUAUAAUGAUAGAAUUCAUGUGUCUCCCUUAGGGAAUUUGUAUGGUUGCUUUUAACCAUAUCACUAGUGACGCAGGCGUCAUGCUUUUGUUGCUUGAUGUUAUUUACUUAGCAUGCCAAAUGUUAAUAUGGUACCACUACUAUUGUCAGAAGAUAAUCUAUUUUUAUUUCUUUAUAUGUGCAGUCAUAGCUGCUUUCUACUGCUUUUGUAUGUGUGUGUGCAUGCGUGCUCCUGCACGCUACUCUAGAAAUUAUGGUCCUCAAGUUCAUUUGACUGUGCCCAGGAAAAGAGUGUUUAAACAGCUAGACAGGAACGGUAUGUUGCAUGAGUUUUCUAAAAGUAUACUUUAUUCAGGAGAACCCUCAAAAUGCAUUAAAAGCAGUUUGUUUUAUAUUCUUGAGUUU